AUGACCGGAAAACCAGUUUACAAACCUGACGAGAUACGCUUUGCUUUAAGCCUUAUGGAGAAAGAUUUCUACAACGAUGCAAUAUCUAACGCUUUUCGGGAACGAUUCAAUCGAGCACUGACAGACAACCAGAUUCGAUAUUUGAGGAACAAAUAUGGCAAGGAUCCUGACUAUGGAGCUUCCCUUUGCAACAAGCAAUCCAGGAAACGAAAGGAACGUCAACCUGACUCUGGAGCUGGUUUUUCCGCUUCGCCGGGCUCAGAAGGAUCACCGACUGAAACCAAGAGAGCUCACCAAGUGUCUUUCAAAGCUUCAGCAGGACCUUCUCAACACCCCCAAUACCAGGUUGGAUCCCUUCCAACGCAAUCACCAGUUAAAUUCGAAGACAUGAAGUCUCCCAGCCUGUCUUCCGCCCCCUUGUUCCACGAAGCACCAAUGGUUCAGAUGGGAAAUCUUCGUUCACCACCUACAAACUCCUAUAGCCUCUUUUCAGGAGCACCAGCUCAGGGAGGCUUCGGGGUUAUACCUCCAGCUAACCCCUGGCAAACGCAAUCUAGGGCAAACUUCAACACCAACUUUUCCCCGAUUAACACUCGUUCAGGUCAACAACAGAUCAAGUCACCAGAACAGGGAAGCCCUGGGGGCUGUAACGCCGCACUAUACCAGACACCUCAUCAGUCACCUAACGCCCAGCCUUCAUAUGCCUCUUAUCCGAGACAGCAGCUAACAGCUAGCUCUCACGCACCAGUCUCAUCUUCGCAGCAGACCGUGGUCAUGGAUAUGCCCCUCUCCAACUUUUCUCAGCUUUCCGACUUUGUGUAUCCCCAGCAGGCAUCACCCACUGAAGAGCAUAAGCAGGAGCAGGAUCAGGAGCCUGAGAUGGCCGGACGAGAUGACGUCGCCCCGGUGUACUGUGAGGACUACUUCGAACCAGCUCAGCAAGCGGUUGAACAAAGCGAACCGCAACCCACCCAAGAUCAGGAUGAGGAAACUCCAGAGCAGAAAAUCCCACAAGAUCGCAAGCAAUCUGCUGCUUCGGGCACUUCUGGCGACAGCAAUGAGCACCAAGUUGCCAAAUCAGGUUCCUCACACGACUCCAAGAACUAA